CAAUAGUCUACUGUCACCUCUUACCACAACUUAGUCAACAAGCGGUGACUUUAUACACAGGGCAUUGAAUCAAGUUAUUUCAGUUUUAUUAGAAUGGAGUACCAAAAAGCAUCAGAGAUGAAUGGCGUCUGCAAUGGAAAAAUUGUUACAGAAUAUCUCAACGGGUUCAGUGAAAAAUCCAUAGAGGCGAAGAAAGCUGAAUUGAUGGGCAAGGAGGAGAAGUCCCACAAGGAGUCAGAGGAUGUGUGCAAGAUAUCUGCCAUUGAAGGAGCCUACGGCGUCGUACUUCGAGAACUGGGAGAAGACGUGGAACGUGAGGGUCUACUGCGUACACCAUUACGGGCAGCCAAAGCAAUGCAGUUCCUCACCAAAGGUUAUCACGAGACAGUAAAUGACAUCCUGAACAAUGCCAUCUUUGACGAGAACCACAACGAGAUGGUGAUCGUGAAGGACAUUGAAAUGUUCUCUCUCUGUGAGCACCAUCUCGUGCCCUUCUUUGGCAAGGUUCACAUUGGAUAUCUUCCAAACAAUAAAGUGGUUGGUCUGAGCAAGCUGGCAAGGAUUGUUGAAAUGUUCAGCAGGAGGCUUCAAGUGCAGGAACGCCUGACCAAGCAGAUCGCUACAGCAAUCUCAGAGGCAUUAGAGCCUGCAGGCGUAGCAGUCGUCAUUGAGGCAGCUCAUAUGUGCAUGGUGAUGAGGGGUGUGCAGAAGAUGAACAGCAAGACCGUGACAAGCGCCAUGCUGGGACUCUUCCAAGAGGAUCCCAAGACCCGGGAGGAGUUCUUGGCUCUGAUCAAAAACAACUGACCCACUUGGACCGUUGUUACCUCACCCUGUCCUUCCAAGCAAAAACAGCAAUCUCUCCAGCUAUCACCAAACAAUGCCAGAUUGUUUUCUUAUUUUUCUCUUCUGCAUCUCAUUCUUUCAUUGAUCUUAGCUAAGUAUGUUCUGUCAGGUAGGGGACGUUAUCUUAGUUGGUUCCAAUAAGGGUGCGGGGGGGACUCUUCAUGGUGGGUAGCACUGCAUUUGAAGGAAUAUUUUCCAACUAUCUGUGAAGGUACCAAACCUGGGGUUGAAAUACUAUUUGAAAUCUUUCAAAUAUUUUGAGCGCUUUUCUCUAGUGCACCUGGAGUAAAGAUCCGGGGUUUGCAGUUUGGGACAAUCGCUAAAACUGAUAUAUCAGGGAGUCAUGAUCAGGGAUUAAAAACUAUAAGGAACUUGAUAACUUUAUAAGUUAUGUGUAGUCCUUGGAUCGUUUCAUAUUAAGUGCUGCUGCCAAAGGCCCCUCUGUACCCACCUUCAGAGGAAACGCCUUACCGUUACUGUAUCGCAAGUGCUUACAUUGGUUAGAUGUUUUCUUAGUAUUUUGGCUGUAUAUUAUGUACAUGGUAUUCUUAGAAACUUGAAGCUGAAAUAUGACCCUCAUAACAUUGACAUUUGUUCUGUUUGAACUUAACUCUUGUGCUAGUAAGGGGUGUUAAUAUCUAGUUGUGCAAUGGCUCAAGGUAAUAAUGAUAUAGGAGCAUAACAAUGGAAAUGUUCUGUAAAUGCCUCUAACCCAAAUGUUGUAUCACAUGAGCAUGAUGAUGCUGAUGAUUACUUGUCUCGUGUUUGGAAAAAGUUUCCCAUCUAGUUAAUGUUAAAAAUGUUGAUUUGUCAAUCUUAUGAGUUUGAACAUUACAUUUAGAAAUAAAUAAAUAUUUAACCUGCUUUAAA